AUGAUGGCGUCUUCGCUGCCGGACCACCUCGUGGAAGAGAUCCUGGUGCGCCUUCCCCAAGACGAGCCCGUGCACCUAGCGCGCGCCAGCCUCGUCUGCACGUCGUGGCGCCGCGUCCUGGUCUCCGACCGGGACUGCUUCCUGCGCCGCUGCCGCGGAUUCCACGGAGCGCCGCCGCUGCUGGGCUACUUCGACCUCAGCUACGGCAACGACGCUAAGCGAUUCGUGCCCGCGACCUCCACCACCUCGCCCGUCCGCAUGCCUGCGCUCCAUCGCAGACGCUGGUCAGCAGUCGACUGCCGUCAUGGCCGCGUGCUGAUCCACUACGAGGACGAGGACGAGGACAGGUCAAAGAGGGGAUUCAUCGUCUGGGACCCCCUCACCGGCAGGCAGCAGCACCUGGGCAUGCCCAGCGCUAGUUACCCGUCACACAUGUGCCUCUACACCUCCUACACCGGAGCCGUGCUGUGCGCCAAGGACGACGGCGGCUGCGACCACCUCGACUGCCAGGCCGCCGCCGGUCCGUUCCGUGUGGUCUGCGUAGAGACCAACCUGCUACGCCCUAUAUUCGCAUGCGCGACCAGCUACUCGUCGCUGACCGGCGAGUGGAAUGCUCCGGCGCCCAAGCCCAACCAUGACAACCACGACUUCUUGAGAGGCCAUGCCAAACACAGCCUUCUUGUUGGCGACGCCAUAUACUUCCUCUUCCAAGAUGACCGGACCAUCCUCAGGUAUGACCUGGGUAGACACUGGCUGUCUGAGAUGGACUUGCCGCCAUUUAUGUGGAACGCAGCUCUCAUGACGGCGGAGGACGGGGGCCUAGGACUCGCCGCCCUGCCCAACAAUGACAAUCGCAUCCAUACAUGGUCAUGGCAUGACGACGAUGGCAGUGGUGGUGGAUGCUGGGUGGAGCAGAGGGUCAUCGAGUUUGAGACGUUGCUCCCAAGACGUAUGCGAGACAAGCACUAUCGAGUGGUUGGCUCCGCGGAGGGCACAAGCACUGUUUUCGUUGACAUAUCUUUUGGUACCAUCUUCGUGCUUGACGUCAAGUCAAAGAAAAUGAGCAGGUUUCGCAAGAGAAAUGGAGGCCUGUUUGAGUACGUCUUACCUUACGUGAGAUUCUACGCCCCAAGCGAAGGGUCAACUGCCACCACGCGCGAUAUGAAGAUGCACCGAUCUAUCCAUGAUCCUGCUCCUGUAGAGGAUGCUUAG